AUCUUCGUUCUGGAGAUUGCAUGGCGCUUGUACAUGCACAAGCUCUCAUUCCUUUGCGAUGUCUUCGGCGUCUUUGACGUGCUUGUCGUGGUAGCCACCAGCAUCGACGUCUACGUGCUGCAGCCGUUUGAUGCCGGGUAUGCUCAAAAUUUCGCCGUUGGGCGACUGACUCGCAUCUUCCGCCUGAUGCGAAUAUUCAGGGUUCUUCGAGUCAUGCGCUUCGCCAAGAAUCUGCAGCAGCUCCGACUGCUUGGAGACGUCCUGUCCAAAUGCUUGAGCCCAUUGAUGUGGGCUUUGCUGGUACUGGGCAUCAUCAUGGUUGGCACGGGUGUCUUGAUGUCACAGCUGCUUGUCGAGCACGUCCUGGACACCACGGCCGAUGAAGAAAACCGCAGGUGGGUCUAUAAUUACUACGGGAACGCCAUCAAAGCCACGUACUCCGUCUUUGAGGCGACCUUCUCGGGCUCCUGGCCUUUGCUAGCGCGGCCCUUGAUCCACGAGGUCAGCGAGUG